UAAAUUAUAGCAAUUAAAGAAAUUGUAUAAAUUUCAAGAAUCAAUCCAUAUUCACUUUAGUUGUGGUCAGUGUUUUGUGACAUUACGUAAACGCGCAUAAAAUGAACCUCAAAUAUAUUCUUGUAAUAUUUAUUCUCGUGAUUUCUAGAAUUGACUCUAUAACACAAUUCCGUAGGCCAUGCGAGGAUUUGUCUGAAGAAUGUUUGUCAAAAUCCCUCCAAAUGGCAUUUCCAAUUUUUGUGCAAGGCAUACCAGAAUUGGGAAUUGAAAGCCUGGAUCCAUACAUAAUAGAUAACUUAGAUUUGAUGCUGGCUGGCGGUUUGUCAAUACAGUUCAGACAAGGGAUUGCUAAGGGAUUAAAGGAUUGCGAUGUGGAUUUUGCAAAGUUAAUUGGAAAUACGCUGGAAACACAACUACAUUGCAACUUAACGGUGAAAGGGAAAUACAAAUCUUUAGGGAAAUUAUUAAUGUUUCCCAUUGACGGUCACGGUGAUGCUUCCAUUAAAAGCCGAAACAUAAGACUCCAUGGUUUGUUCAAAUUUAAAUCAAAAGUAUUGUCCGACGGUGAAAAAUAUUUGGAAAUAAUCAGUUCGAACGUGGAGCACAGCUACGACGGUCGCGUCAGCUACCAUUUGACGAACCUUCUGAGGGGGAAUCCGGAACUAAGCAACUCGGUAUUAGAUUUCAUGAACGACAAUUGGCGGAUGGUUGCAGAAGAAUUAGGUGGUCCUUUAGUAGACUACGGCGUGGCAGCGGUUAUGAAGAAUCUCAAACAACUACUGACAAUAAUACCAAUGAACAAAAUGGUUACAGUACCUUUAAAUCUAUAACUAUCUUACUUAAGCUUACAUACCGAACUUUGUUACCAGUUAAUAAAUAAUGAUGAUAAAAAUA